AAACAAGUGCAAAUGUCUUUCAAGCUUUGUUAGUAGGGACUCGGAGUGGCAUCAAUAGGAGACCUGCAAAACUUCUGCUUUUAUAUUCGCAGAAAUAUGGGACUGCCCUCUGCGCAAAGAUCUGAUAUCGAGGCCAUCCUUUCGCUCUUAUUCAACACAACAAACCAGCGUAAGCGCCGUCUAGCGGAUGUAUUUCUUGAAUUGGUGGACAAGGAGGAAUAUCCAGAGUAUUACCAGCGGCUUCUCUAGGUCAUCCCCGAGCCGCGAUGUCUGAACAGCGUCAAGAGGAAUCUCGGGCAGGACACGUACAAUGAUGCUCUCGACGUGUAUAAUGACCUCAACCUGGUGUUUUUGAAUGCCAUGUAUUACAAUGAGGAGGGCAGCAUGAUUAACAGGGACGCAAAGACGUUGAAGGGGCUGUUGGACAGAGAGUGGAGGCAGCGUCCGAGAUUACCCACGCCCCGAUCGUCGCCCCCGCCUUCCUCAGCCCAGAAGACCCACAACGUAGCAACUCCCUCGCAACCACUCCCACCUAUUUCUCCCUCCACCCCUCUCCUGCCCCUCAGUUCCCCCGCUGAUCGAGCAGAGGACGUCGAGAUGGAGGUCGACAUCGGAGGCACGCCUGAGCCAGAGUCGAUCCCUGUUGAGACCGUCAGAGAUGCUGAGAGCGACGACAUUGUGAGCCAGUUGGAAAAGAGCCUGCCCAGGUGGGAGGGCUUUGGCGAUGUCGGAUGGGCAGAUCAUCUUACCACGGAGACUCAAGUGCAUAUAGUCAAGGCUAUCGUCGAAUACCGCGAUGCCAGCGGCGUGCGCCUUGCAGCUUCUCUGGAAGCCCUCCCUGAGGAGACCAACAAGCCAGAGAUCCCGUUUACCAAACCUCUCUCAUUAUCUCUCAUCGAUAACAAAGCGCGUAAUGGCGAAUAUACGUCACAAACCUUUGACAGGGAAAUGUCAGAACUCUUUCUCAAGGGCCGUCGGUCAUACGAACCAUGUUCAGAACCGUACGGACACGUCCUCACUCUCCAGCGCUUCUACCAAUCCCUCUCCUCUGGUACACCCUCAAACCCACCACCUCCACUAGGUCCACCCUACGCCCCUUCCCUCACACACUUUUCCGCCCUCCCCGCCGGCCCUGGUCGCGUUAAACCGCUCAACUCACCCGAAGCAGAGGGCGUUGCAGGGGUGACGAUGUUCCGGAUUUCCAACAAGGAUAGACGGUUUGUGGAUGAGGUUAACUAUAAAGGGUGGUCGAUUAGACUAGCCGAGUGGCUGCAUUUGAUGAACCCGGAUGAUGCGAGAAGGCCAGUUAUUGGGCAGGUGUUCAAGUGUUGGGUUUCAGAGGAGCCUGCAAAGAAGGGUCAGUUUGGGAUUACAGUGUGUUGGUACUACAGGCCGGAACAAACCUUCCAUCCUGAGGACAGACAAUUUUGGGAGAACGAAAUCUUCAAAACAGGCCACUUUGUCGAUCACCCCCUCCCAGACAUCAUCGAAAAGAUCGCUUGCCAAUUCACUGCACGCCAUAUCCGAGGGCGACCCCGUCCCCCAUUCUGGUAUCCAUACUGGCCUUUAUACGUUUGCGACUCCCGCUACAACGAUCGCGAACGUCUCUUUGUCAAAAUCAAGAACUGGAAUUCAUGUGUUCCCGAGGAAGUCCGCAAAAGCGAAGAGUUCAUGCCAAUCUAUCCAUUCGAGCGGAUCGUCUUCCCAAGAAGGUUCCCCAGUCCAUUCGUUGGUGUUGGUCCUGGAAAGGAGGCAUUGUUAAACGAGUUGAGGGAGGGUAAGAUCCCAGGAGGUAUCAUCGCUGGGAGUGUAGUUGAGAAGGGCGAAGGGGAGAGAGUGGAGGGAGGUGGAACGGGUCGGAAGAGGCCCAAGAGGCAUGCCGGUACUCCCAGCGCUAUCCCUCAAACUGUCAUCUCUACAUCUAGUAGGCAUACAGACGCGACCGAUAGGUUUGGACCCAGUAAAGGGUUAUACGUCGGUCAACCUUCUCAAACCGCCCAAUUGACCUUGACACCCGCCACAACGCAACAAACGACUUCACAGAGCGCCUAUCAAUAUACAACUCAAAUGCAAACUGCCACUGUGAGUACGGGAUAUGGGACGCCACCGCAGCAUAUGAUGCAGCAGAGGGUUCAGGAUAGGUCGUUGAUGACGGGAGCGGGGUUGGUGGGGAGUAACGUGGUUACUGAGAAGUUACCUCCAGAGACGACGAGACACUUUGAUCGAGAUCCACAGACGAACGAAGUCCUCUGGUUCGCAGCACCUCCCAUUGAUAUCGCUCUUCCUCCCGUUCCCAAGUACAGCCUUGCUUACUUGCAUCACCUUGCUCGAAAACGAAAGCGCGAGGCGGCUGGUAUGGAACAGAAUGGUGAGGAAGAGCAUGUAGAGGAUAGGACGGUAGGGAAGUCUAUUGUGGAGACUCAGACGGAGAGAUUGGGAAAGGUGUUGUCAGAGAUGGGGAUGCCGGAGGUGGAAUCUCAAUCGUGAUACGAGGGAUGACCAUGGCGUUGCUCUCUUUAUUAGCCUUCAUCUUCAGUUCCUUGACUUUCAGCAAUAUUCCAGCAAGCUCUGCUGAGACUUCAUUGCAUUGCUGACUUCAGUGGAAGGGGAAAGUCAAUAGAAAAACCUAUCAUAUCAUAACAAGCCGUAUAAAUGACUAGGAUAAGAUAAUAGUACAGAUACUGUGCAUAUGGUGAUACAAUUGCCUUUAAGUGGUUCAGGAAUGUGCUAGUGUAGAUCUACAGAUAUAGUCCGAAGAGCAGGAGGGGUGGAGGAAAGC